AGCGGUAGACUUCAAGUAUAGAAUAAAUACUCUAUCUGCUAUUCCAAGACUCGAAAUUGUAGUAAUGUAAUUACGGUGUACAGUGAUAAGACAUACUGUAUUGUAGUGUAGUUUAGAGGUGGAUCUUUCGAAAUUUGGAAUUUGGCCCUGAUCGGGUCAGUUGCGUCCCAUCAAAACAGGAAGUUUUUAGAGUUUGCAGGCUAUUUAGCUAGCUUGCGAGGUACAUAAGGAAAUCGUGAUGGUUUAGCAAACGUUUUAAUUGUGUGGACAACCUGUCAGUGUCACUGGAAGCAAAGGACCUACCCUGCUGCAAUUAGAGCACCGUAACAUGAAGUUAUGGAGGAGCGAAAGUUAAAGAGAAAGAGUCCCAGGACUUCCACCAACACAGCGGCUCCGACCGGGGGCUCUGGCCGAAAGAACAGUGCUUCCUCCGGGGGACGGCACGUCGGCCACAGUUACAAUAUGGGGACUCACUCCAGCCAAAAGAGCAAGAACAGGCGAGGAAUAAAGGAUAAAUCCAAGUAUCAGGUGGGUCUGGGUGGUAAGGCGAAUCAGAACCAGAGCCAGGCAGCACCUAUCAUCCAGCACUCCUUUUUGACCGAUGUUUCAGAUGUACAAGAGAUGGAGAAUGGCCUGCUUAGUCUCCUCAACGACUUCCACUCAGGGAAACUACAAGCAUUUGGCAAUGAGUGCUCCAUUGGCCAGAUGGAGCAUGUGAGAGAGAUGCAGGAGAAGCUGGCCCGUUUGCACUUUGACCUCUAUGGUGAGGUGGAUGAAAUGCCUGAGGACCAGAGGAAAAUGGCCUGUGACACCAACAUGGACAAGUUACUUCUUAAUCUUGAGGAGCUCAGUUCUUCUAUGUAUCCUUUGAUAUUUAACAUUCGCCAGUCCCCAGACCUGAAUUCAACUCCUCAUUCGGUGAAGCGAUGGCAGCUCAGCGGGACAGACUAUGGGCCGCAGCAGGGUCACAGCCUGCGUUCCGAAACCCGCUUCAGCACCUGGACUCCGCUGAACAACAAGCAGAGCAACCUGCAGUUAUUUGAGGAGAGGAUGAACCUGGUGCUCCACUGGUUUGAUCUGUGGACUGACAAGCAGAGAAAACAUCUGCUGCACUCUCUGCUCACACGCUGCACCGAGUCCCAGCUCAAGUACUGUAGGGAUUUGCUGAUCGUGGCGGUUCCUGUGACUCAAGUGGACUUCACGGUGGUGCUGCCUCGGUUUCUGUCCCUGUAUGUGAUGUCAUUCCUGUCCCCUCGUGAUCUCUGCUCCGCUGCCCAAGUCAGUUGGCACUGGAGGGUCCUGGCCGAACAGGACUGUAUCUGGGCAGACCGAUGUAUUCGAAGAGGCUGGUUCCUUCCCUACACCCCUGGAGAAAACGAGUUUGGAGCGUGGAAGAACCACUAUGUCUCCUGCGUCUCCACACUGGACUGGCUCACUCCCCGGGAGGCAGCAGAGCAGUACGGGACCCUCAACCACCAAAGUACAGGGAUGACAGAAGAGGAGGAAGAGAAGAGGAAGGAGAGGAGGAUCAGGCAGAUGAUCAGAGACAAACUUCAGGAGGAGAAGAGACUAUCUAUGAGAACCAGGAGAGCAUGGGGCUCCUGCAUAAAGCAAGAACGAGUCAGAGGAGGAAGUAGCCAGACUGGGAGACCUAGAUCUGUGACAACUGGGUCUUUCAGCCUUGGAAGUCUUAGCCUGGACGGGUGGAGCGCAGCUCAGAGCCUGGAGGGAGUCCGGGCCUCCAGUUCAUUCAGUGAAAGAAUGAACAAAGCCAGUGGAGCAUUGUCCUGCUUCACCCACAGACCUGCUCCACAGCACGCAGUCUCACCCAUCCGUUGCACCACUCCUGCCCUCUUAUUGCUGAUCUCUAACAGAGUUCCUGCUUAUGAGUUGGUGUUGGGCGGCGUGAAGGCAGGAGUGAUUGUGGUUGUGUAUGACCACAGAGGGACCCUCCCAGCUCUAUUAACCCAGGUGGAGAGUGCUAUUUCAGGGCAGGGAGCUCUGAGGCUGGGCUUGUUAGCUCCAGGAGGAACGGAGGAGAUCCAUCUGCUUCACAGUAGCAUCCUGUCAAAUAGGACUUUACUGACCCCUGACCAUAGAGAAUUCUGGGAAAAACUGUGUGGCUGGGUGGCACCAACUGAGGAUGACGGAGGGAUUGACAUCUUCUCCCCACUGGCUGCAUCUGCGUCAGGAGUGGCUCUCAUCCAGACUCUCUCUACUCUGACUGGUCUGGAGGUCUGGGCGCCGAUGGGUCUUGUUACCGGAAGUUUUCAGAACAUCCUGAGCGAGUGGUCUCACAGCAGUGUGUGUGGCAGCAGGCUAUCAAACCAGCCUCCAGCAGGCCCAGCAUUCCAGUAUGUGUGUGAGAGUGUACUGAGGGGCUGGUGCAGAGAGGCCAAGUGGAUGGAGGAGGCUCUGGGGGAGCUGAGGGGGUGCCUGGGGCCGCAGCUACAGCAGGCCAGCCUCCAGGCUAGGGGUCGAGCUCUGGGUAAUUUUCUGUGGGAGAAAAUCUGCCUUGAGGAGCUUUCUCUGUCUAAAGAUCUAAGUGAGGCUCUGACUGAGGGACUCACUGCUCUCACCAGACAGGAAGAGACCAGACCUUUGGAGUUUCUUUCUGUCUUCCUUACAAGAUGGAGUGAAGAGAAGGAGGGAGAAGAGAAUAUAGGAGAGGACAAGUUGCUAACCAAAGGAGCAGAUGAUUUCUCGUUGGCACCACAUAGCUCCAAGAGAUUACUACCUGAGCCACCACAAAUGGUGUUAGACUGGAGAGGUGUAGUUGCCAGAGAGCUGCACCACAGCGAGUGUCUGUAUCUGGGGAGACUGGGCGCUGUGCUGAAGGUGUACCAGGAGCCACUCACAGCAGCUCUGAACUCCAACAGAGCCAUUCUCAGCUAUGCUGACACCCAGAUUAUCCUCAGCCCUGUCGCACAAAUACUGGAGCUCAACAGGGUGUUUCAGAUCGAUUUAUGGGCAAGGCUGCAGCAGUGGGGUGCCGAGCAGUGCGUUGGAGAGGUGUUUGUAAAACUGUGCUCAAGUCUCAGAGUCUACACCAACUACUUUAACAACUACACCACUGCCCUGUGCACCAUCGACAAGUGCAGGGAGACGAAACCUGCAUUUCGGGCUUUCCUGAAGAGAGCAGACAGAACUCUUGCAACACACAUGCUGAGCCUGCAGGAGCUGCUGCUGUGCCCAGUGUGGAGAAUAGAGGAGUAUGUGACUCUGCUUCAGGCUCUUUCUUUACACACAGAUCCCGGGCACCCUGACCACACACACCUCUCCUCUGCCCUUACCACCAUGCUACGCUACAGAGAAUUCAUACUAAAGUUGAAGCGUAACUCUGAGAGAGACAGACUGAUGGAGGAAACACAGCAGAUGAUCCAAGGCUGUCCAAACCUCAGUGAAGGAAACAGACAGCUGGUCAUAACUCAGGAUGUUGCUUUGCUCGGGAGUCCUGACGAACAGAUUCCAGAUUCUCUCAGGACCUAUGAGCAUGUAUCUGAUGUGGGCCUCUUCCUGUUUAAUGACGCUUUGGUGCUGACACGGCGAAAUGUGCAUCACACACCUUUCACAUUGGCUCACCGGAGCACACACACUUUCCUGGCCUCUGUGGCCCUCACCAGCCUGGCUGUCAGAGAGAUCACACACACACGCUAUGUGUGUCAUGCCUUUGUCCUGGAGGGUCCUUGUCGUUCCUGGGUCUGUGCCACAGAGAGAGGUGAGGAGAGAGAUUACUUCCUGUCUGUGCUGCGCUCAGCCAUCACCUCUGCUCUGACGGGACAUCAGUGACGGGACAUCAGUGACGGGACAUCAGUGACGGCACGGUGACGAUACACCAGCAAGACACCAGGAGGUUUGGACACCACUGUUAGUGUUUUCUUUAAGAUUACAAAGAUCAGGAAACCUCAAAAGACAAUCUUUCCCAUGCAGUGAUAUGAUCUAAAGUCGUAGCACUCCUGCCACUGUUUAAAUUCUCACUUUCACCUUUAAAGGAUUUCCAGACAUAAUCCUCUAAGCAGAAUAAUUACUUUCAUGAGUUAACAAAAGGGAUAAAAUAUUUUUCGCGAUAUUUAAAAGUAUUUGGAAAUUCAUACUACCCAAUCCCACGUUUGUUUUUUUGUUUUUUUAAGUCAAAGUAUUGCAGUAUGUGUCAACCAGUAUUUUGGUAAUCUAUGAGUUUGGACACAUGCAUCUUCAGUUUCCUGAUAGUGAAUGUCUCACUAACUUAAAAACAGUGUUGACUUGCCGUCGGCUGAGCGCCCCGUCCACGGAUGUAAAAAAAACAUUUUUAUACAGUAUAUUUAGAUUUAAACAUAACACCUGAACAAAAAACUCUUGAGAAAACAGCAAAACAAACAUUACAAUACUUGGACAGUGGAUAGUAGAAAGUAGUUUGUGUUGGCCAAUCCUGUUUUGGCCUGUCUUGUCUUUUGUGUAAAUUACCCGUGUUCUAAACACUCUUUGCAUAUCUGCUCUUCAAUAGAAUAUUGUGGGUUUUUCUUCUGUUGUAAUUUCCCCCCGUUAAAACCUGGUGCAUUGUGGUCUGCGUUCAUUCAUUUGACAUUGAACCAGUAACACUAGCUAGACAAUCCUUGCAUCACAAGUAGCAUUUCUCUUUCACAAUCAUGCCUUUAAAUGACAGCUCUAUCAUGUCACCUUCCAGAAACAUAG